AUGAGAUCAUCAGUUUUAGGAUUAAUAUUUAAUGGUUGUAUUGUUAAAGGAAACGAAAUAGAAAUAACUUGUGGAGAUCCUGCAGUGCCAUUAAAUGCUCGAGUAAUUCUUAGCAACAAAAAUCUUAAAAGUGGAACUAAAGCAACUUAUGUUUGCGAUGAAGGUUACGAAUUAUUUGGAGAUAGUACAUUAGAAUGUUCAGCAUCGGGAAAAUGGUUAGGGGAGAUUCCAUUUUGUGGAACGAACAUUGCAUUUCGAAAACCUGCAAAUCAAUCUACAACUGUACGAGGAGGUCCAGCAAUAAAUGCUAAUGAUGGAGACAAUACUGUGGUGCAUGAUGGAAAACGAUGUACGGAAACACAAAAAGAAGUUUCGCCAUGGUGGACAGUUGAUUUAUUAAAAGCAUAUUCAGUUAAAGUUGUACGUGUUACAACUCGAGGAUGUUGUGGACAUCAACCUUUACAAGAUUUAGAAAUUCGAGUGGGUAACAGUAGUAAUGAUCUGCAACGAAAUCCGCUUUGCGCAUGGUUUCCAGGCACUGUUGAUGAAGGAACAACUAAGACAUUUACAUGUGCUCGACCGUUAAUCGGGCAAUUUGUUUUUUUACAAUUAGUGGGAGUUGAAGGAUCACUUUCUCUGUGUGAAGUAGAAGUAUUUUCAAUGGAUGAAUUAUCCAAUGAAAGAUGUACACCAUCAAAUGCACCUGAAGAUGCUCAAAUAUCAUCAUUUCUUCACACGUGUUACGAGUUCGGUGUUAAUCGUGGUGGAUCGUUUAAAGAUGCUCGUGAUAGUUGUAUAUCCCAUUCUGGCGAUUUAAUACAUGAAUUUACAGGACCAACUGCACGAUUUCUAUUUACUGAAUUAGAUCGACGAAAACCAACCAUGAAAACUCAACUUGUUUGGAUUGGUGCCCAAAAAGAACCUGGAAUUACAGCUCGUACUUGGAAAUGGGUGAACGGUAAUCUAAUCGCACAUCCAACAUGGGGUAAAGAUCAACCAAAUAAUUACAAUGGAGAACAAAAUUGUGUGGUAUUGGAUGGUGGAAGAAAUUGGCAAUGGAAUGAUGUUGGUUGUAAUUUGGAUUAUCUACAUUGGAUUUGUCAACACAAACCUCCAAUAUGCGGAAGUCCAAACAAAGAAUUAAACACCACAAUUAUUGGAACCAAUCAUACAAUUGGAUCUACUAUUGAAUAUGUUUGUCCCGUAGGACAAUUACUUGUCGGUACUUCAAAACGAAUAUGCCAAUCAGAUGGUUUCUGGUCUGAAAAUGCACCAACUUGCAAAUAUAUCGAUUGUGGUGAAGUGAAUGAGAUUGAACAUGGCAGCGUUCUUUAUAUGGAUCAACGGACAACCUACAAUGCAAUAGUUCAAUAUAAAUGUCAUGAAAAUUAUACGUUAAUCGGCAACGAUAAACGGAAAUGUGGUUCAGAAGGUGUAUGGUCUGAUUCAGUACCAAAAUGUCUUUUUGGCUGGUGUCCAGAACCACCGUCAACAAAUGGAGGAUCAGUUUCUAUAAAUGGCCAUCAUGUUGGAGCAAUUGCAAAUUAUACUUGUGAUUCUGGUUUCAUCUUAUUUGGUACUCCAACUUUAACUUGUGAACUGGGAGGUAAGUGGUCAAACAAGCCUCCAACAUGUAAAUAUAUUGAUUGUGGAUCGCCACCAAACAUUAGCAAUGGUCGAUAUGCUUUACUAAAUGGAACCACAACAUACAACAGUUUUGUGCAGUAUACUUGCCAAGAAGAUUAUUGGUUAGAUGGGCAACAAACACAGGUGUGUACACGUGAUGGUAUUUGGUCCUCAACAACACCUUCUUGUGAAUUAAUUACUUGCGACGAACCUGAGGUACCUGCAGGUAGUUAUGUUGUAGGCUAUGAUUUUAAUGUACAUUCCACUAUCGAAUAUAAUUGUGAAUUGGGUCAUAUUUUAAUUGGAGAAUCAAAUCAUAUCUGUACACGAGAUGGAGUUUGGUCUGGAAAUACACCGAUUUGCAAAUAUAUCGACUGUGGCAAAGUUCCUCCACUAUUAUACGGAACUGCAAAUUAUACCAACGGCACUACAUAUUUACAUAGCGAAGUUCAAUAUAGUUGCGUUAAUAAUUAUCGUUUGAAUGGUGUUAACAAACGAAUAUGCUUAGAAAAUGGACAAUGGAGUCACGAAUCUCCAAAAUGUGAAGAAAUUCGUUGUCCUGAACCAAUUUUAGCUGAGCAUAGUAUUUUAUCGGUAACUGGAAAUGAUAGAAUGUAUGGACGUACUUUGAUUCGUACAUCCGAUUCAGCAAAUGUAGGAGCAACAAGCUAUAAAAUUGGUGCAUUGGUGAAAUAUCGUUGUGAAAGAGGAUAUAAAAUCGUUGGUGAUCCUUUAAGUACAUGCGAGGAAAAUGGGUUAUGGAGUGGUACUAUUCCACAAUGCAUUUUUGUGGACUGUAAAAAUCCAGAGAAAAUUGAACAUGGAAAAUAUAAUUUAGCAUCAAACGUCACUUAUUACGGUUCAACUGUCCUUUAUGAAUGCGAUCCAAACUUUGAAUUAGAUGGCAUAUCUAGGCGAUUAUGCCUUGAAAAUGGAACAUGGAGUUCGGAAACACCUAAAUGUCGAGAAAUUCAAUGUCGGGAUCCUGACACAAUUGGGCUUGCUACUUUUGAAGUUAGUACCCAUAGUAUUGGUGGUAUUGCACACUACUCCUGUCCAAAAGGACAUAACAUGGCUGGUAACAGUACAAGAAUAUGCUUGAAACGAGGUGCUUGGAGUGGUACGCCACCAAUAUGUACACCGGUUGAUUGUAAGGAUCCAGGAGUGAUUGAAAAUGGAAGAGUUAUCAUUAUGAAUGGAACAACGUAUAAUAGUGCAAUUGAGUAUCAUUGUAUACCACAUUAUGAUAGAAUUGGGCCUUAUUUACGAAAAUGUAUGGACACUGGAAUAUGGUCUGGGGAAGAACCUAAAUGUUUAUUAGCGACAAGUGAAAUGCAAGAUUCAAGUGGCUUGGGAAUGACUAUAGGAAUUGGAUGUGGAAUAGUUCUAUUUUUACUUUUAAUGUUGGCGAUUAUUUAUUUGAGAUUACGAAAAGCCACACCGAUUAAAAAUACAGAAAAUAUUGAAGGAGUUGAAAGAAAAGAAGAACAAAAUGCAGCGGUAAUGAGUUACGCAACAUUAAAUGGAAAUCGAAGAUAUACACAUUCAUCAUUAGGUUCAAAUAUUUAUGAUAACAUUAAUGAAGAUAAUGUAUAUGAUGCACCGUAUGAAGAAACGGGGCGCGAGAGUGCUACUUAUGAACCGGAACCCAUCGGUAGACUGAAUGGAAAUGUGAUCACAAUAAAUGGUGUAGCUGUUCGUUAAAUUUUUGUUUCCUCUCACUUCUUUCAUAAACAUUGUUUCGGUACUUUGGAUAUUCAAAAAAUUAUAUCCACAGCUUAUUUUUUUAAUAUUAAUGUAAAUAGAUUUCGAAUCAUGAGGCAUAUGUAUAAAAAAUUUUUAAUUUUGUUUCUUUUCUUAAUACUCAAACAUUAUUUAAUUUUCUAUAAAGUUUUUUAUACCAGACCUAAUUUUUUCUUUACUAUACUAUAAUGCGUCCAUCGAAUGUUCGAAGAUUUACAAACAAAUUUCAACAAUCAACAUCCAGCUAGUAGAAGUACUCUGCCAUUAUAUUUAAAUUUUUAGUUAUUAUUAAUUAGAGAAUUCUAGACAUAGAAAAUAUCCAAAAUACCAAAUGUUUUUAUCAAACACGUUUUUUUGUUGACUGUAUUUAU